CCUACCCUGUUCUACUCUCAAGAGGUGGAUCACUGCAGGCAAGACUAGAGGCAUAGCUCAAGAAGAGAUGGCUCUCCUGGAGAAUCUAUUUGAACACCCAGAAAAAUUUCGCAUUUCAAAAGAUUUGGGCUUUAUUCUAGAAGACCCAUUGGAAGAACUGCCUGAUUGCUACCAGGUCUGGGUAAAGCUUGCAAAAAAUCUGCCCUCUCUGGUGGAAAAAGGUCAAUUUCGGAAAGAAGCUGAGCAGCUGCCAGAACUUAAUAUUGAUCAACUCCAAGGAUACAAGGAACAGCGCCUCGCACAUCUGGCACUGGCAGUCAUCACCAUGGGCUACGUGUGGCAAGAUAAAAAUACCAAAGAGGUGCUGCCCAGGAAUAUUGCUGUCCCUUUCUGGAAUCUCUCAGAGAAACUUGGCUUACCUCCAAUAAUGGUGUAUGCAGACUGUGUUUUGGCAAACUGGAAGAAAAAGGAUCCCUUAGGGUCUAUGACUUACGACAACAUGGACACUCUAUUUGCAUUUCCUGGUGGGGACUGCAGCAAAGGAUUCUUCCUAGUUUCUUUACUGGUUGAAAAGGCAGCUGCUUCUGCAAUCAAGAUAAUUCCAGAUAUAUUUGAAGCAAUCAGCGAAAAUGACUUGGAGUCCCUAAAAGAAAAUCUCCGAUCUGUGGCCUUCUCUGUUCAUGAGGCAUAUAAAGUGUUCCACCUUGUUCAUGAACAUGUGAAUCCCAAUGACUUUUUCAAUAUUCUUCGCAUCUACUUGUCUGGCUGGAAGAAUAACAAAUUGUUGCCAAAGGGCCUGGUAUAUGAAGGGGUGUCAGAGACACCCAAGGAGUUUGCUGGGGGAAGUGCUGCCCAAAGCAGCAUCAUGCAGUGUUUUGAUGCCCUGCUGGGGAUCCAACAUAUUACUGCAAAUGAUGAAAAGAGUGCUAAAUACCUUGAGGAAAUGAGGAGCUACAUGCCAUCACCUCACAAGAACUUUCUUGAGACAAUUGCCUCUAGCCCAUCUGUUAGAGAUUUUGUCAUCUCCAGUGGUGAUACUCAGCUGAAGAAGAUCUAUAAUGAAUGUAUAGAUGCUCUAGUUCUUCUCAGGAACUAUCACCUUCAAGUAGUGGCCAAAUAUAUUAUAAAUCCAUCAAAUAAUCAGGACAAUACAAAUGGAGUGCCAUCAUCAGAUGAUGAGGUGAAAGGAACAGGUGGCACAAACCUUAUGUUUUUCCUUAAGAGUGUAAGGAAUACAACCAAGGAAGCCCUUAUAAAUGUAAGCUAAUGGAACACAUUAUUAUUACUUAAUCAAUUUGUGCACUUAGACUUGUAUUAUAUGUGAGGCUUUAGGCUAAGCAUAACGUGCAAAGAAAGUCAAUCUCUGCUAUUAAUAAAUGAUAUUACAUUCUACUUGUUAAUUAUGCAGUUAAUAGUAGUAAUCUUCUCUCAAUCCAUCCAUCAACUGAUCAAUAAUUAAGCACUUUAAUAUAAAUUCAGGGAAUGCAAAAAAAAUUUUGAAAAAGAAACUUUCUUGCACUCAGGGAGCUUACAUUACAUAUUGAAAUUACAUGGGAAAGUCUAGUUCUGUGAAUACAAGGAAGCAUACGGGUUUUUGUUAGACAAGAAAAAAUGCUUUGUUUGUAAUGUAAUUAUAUAAAAUGAAUAAACAAAAACUAUUUUAAUAGUGAAA